AUGUCUUAAUAAUUAGAUCAAAAACAUUAAGAAUAUUAAAAAUUAUUAAAGGAAUAAUAAGAUUAAAGUAUUUUUUUUAUUUAUAUUAUUUAUAGAUUAAAAGUAAAUUGAAUAAAUUAAUAAUAAAUUAUAAUCAAAAGAAAAAGAAUAUUUAAAUUUAAUAGAAAAAUUUGAUUAAAAUACUUAACAAAUAAUAAAUCUAAAAAAGUUAAAUGAAGAAGAUAAAUUAAAAACUAUUAAGACAUUAGAAGAUUAAAGUAUUAAUUAAUUAAUAUAUAUAUAUAUAGAAAAUAAAGAAAUUGUAGAAAUCAAUAAAAAAAUCAAUUAAAAAGAAUCAGAAUUGUAAACAAUUUAAAGAUAACUUGAUAUCAUUAAUUAAGAAAAAUUAUAAAAAGAAAAAUAAUUCAAAUUAGAAUUAGAAAAAGUAUAUUAUAAUUUUAAUUAUUUAUCAUAGAUUUAACAAUAUCCUAAAACUUUAUAAUUUUCUAAUACUAAUAAGGGGGCUAAUUGUUAAAUAAGUGAAGGUGGUAAAGUUGUUGAAUGUAGUGGUGGUGGUUGGUAUUAUUGUCUUUGUGAAUAAGCAAUUCCAAAGACUGGGAAAAUAGUAUUUGCAUUCUAAAUGAUAAGUGGAUAACACUUUAAUAUUGGAAUUGGAUUCAGAGAUAUUAUAUAAAAAAAUAAUUAUUAAAAUGCAGGAGUUGGGUAUGGGUAUAUAAUUAAAUCAUAAUAGAUCAUAUUUGAUUCAAAAUAAUGGUUAUACUUACUCUCAUCAUAAUAAAGAUGUAAAUAACAAAUAAUUAUCAUUCACUUAUAAAACUAAUGAUGUAAUAAUAAUGGAAGUAAGUAUUGAACAUAAGUAUAUUAAAUGGACCAGAUAGAAUAAUCCAUUAGCAACAGUUGUAAUUAUCAAAACUAUUAUUAGUAGUUAGAAAUAGAUACAUCCAUAUCAUAAGAAUUAUAUCCAUGUGUGUAUAUUCUUUAAUCUAAAGUUAAAAUAUUGGAUAAUAUUCCAAAUUGA